AUGUUGUCCGCUCGGAGGGAGACCUUCCCGGGCGUCACCUUCAGCGGAGCCUCGUCUCUGUGUCCCUCUGUGUCUCUGAGUCUCUGUGUCCCUCCGAGACAGAGUAUGUUUGGCACCAACCUCCUGGACUUCAGGCCCCUCCCCAGCCUGGAGCCAGUUGCUGAGAGCAGCCAUAGUUACCAUGGCAACAGCACAAACAACCCCCACUCCUCAUCAUCUUCAUCGUUGGAGGUGGAAAACAUCACUUCCUUUCUACAGAAUCAUGCCGGUGAGGUGGCGUACCGCAGCCAGUGUACACCGCCCACCACCACCGCUGCUCCUCCAGCAUCAUCAUCUCAGGCCCCUCCCACUCAGCCCCACACCAAGCUCCCUGAUUGGCUGGCCUCUGUGACAUCACUCAUCACUGUUACACCAAUGAGCAGCACCACCUCGGCACCUGACACAGGCACCUGUCAGCAGAUCGUGGAGCCUCAGUGUCACAUGUUGCCCUACAACCACACGUGGCCGUCCUCAUCCGUUGCUGUGGUGAAGAGUUCAGAGGUCGACAUGUUGCUAAGGUUCUUCAGCUACCUGAGCAGACUGUCCUGCUACAGACACAUCAUGCUGUUCGGCUGCUCGCUGGCUCUGCCCGAGUGUUCCGAGGCCGACGGCACCAACAACAGGACGGUGGUGCUGCCCUGCGCCUCGUUCUGUGAGGCGGCCAGACAAGGCUGCGAGCCCGUCCUGCACAUGUUUAACGCCUCCUGGCCCGACUUCCUGCGCUGCUCACAGUUCAGUAGCAUCACCUCUGCUCUGGCUCCGCCCUCAUCAGCAUCACCUCCGUCUUCGUCGCCUAUGGCAACCACAGGCCUCCCUCCUCCUGUAUGCUUCACUCCACGACAGACCAAAGGAAAACCCUCUGUGUGCGGAGGCAAGGACCUUUUCCUGUGCGCGACGGGGAUUUGUGUCCCUCAGAAACUGGUGUGUAAUGGCUACAACGACUGUGACGACUGGAGCGACGAAACACACUGCGAGUGCUCAGACACAGAGUUUCGCUGUAACACGGGUCGCUGCCUGGUUCUGGAUCUGGUGUGUGACGGCUACGACGACUGUGGAGAUCUGAGCGACGAGCUCAACUGUGAGUGCGACCCGGCCCAGCAGCACCGCUGCGGUGACGGUCGGUGCAUCUCCACGUCCUGGCUGUGUGAUGGAGACCACGACUGUCUGGAUAAAAGUGAUGAACUCAACUGCUCCUGCAGGAGUCAGGGUCUCCUGGAGUGCAGGAACGGUCAGUGUGUUCCUUCAGCGUUUCGCUGUGAUGGUGAAGAUGACUGUAAAGACGGGAGUGAUGAAGAGCACUGCAGCCGAGAGCAGACUCACGGCGGCUGUGUUCCUGGUCAGCCCGGCUGUUUUUCCACUUCCUGUCAGCCAUCUUGUGGGGGUGGGAACGCCGCCUGCGACCCUCGGAACAUCAGCUGCGCGCGCUGCGAGCCCAUCACCCUGGAGCUGUGCAUGAACCUGCCCUACAACGUGACCACCUACCCCAACUACCUGGGCCACCUGUCCCAGAGAGAGAGCUCCGUGUCCUGGGAGUCCUCGCUGUUCCCUGCCCUGGUCCAGACCGGCUGCUACCAGUACCUCAUGUUCUACGCGUGCACGCUGCUGGUACCGAAGUGUGACCCGCUCACGCUGCAGAGGGUGCCCCCGUGCAGGUCGUUGUGUCGAAGCGCCAAGGAGAAAUGUGAGUCAGUUCUGGGGAUUGUGGGUCUGCAGUGGCCCGAGGACUCGGAUUGCAGCCAGUUUCCAGAGGAGGGGGGGAACUCCAGCUGCCUGGUGCCGGAGGACGGCGUGGACGAGUGCUCCCCCAGCCAUUUCAAGUGUCAGUCGGGCCGCUGCGUCCUGGGGACCAAGCGCUGCGACGGACACCUGGACUGCGACGACCACAGCGACGAGGACAACUGCGGGUGUUCGGAGCGUGCUCUGUGGGAGUGUCCCGGCAGCAAGGUCUGCAUUAAGCCCAGCAUGAUCUGUGACGGGUUCCCAGACUGCCCCCUGCUGGUGGACGAGGCCAACUGCUCGGUGUGCCGAGACAACGAGCUGUCCUGCAACAACCACCAGUGUGUCCACCGGACCCUGUGGUGCGACGGACACAAGCACUGCUCCGACAGCUCGGACGAGUGGAACUGCGUGUCUCUAUCUGACCGGUCCGGUCCGGUUCUGACCGUGCUCAAGACAGCGGCAGAGUAUCAGGUCUGUGCAGACGAGUGGAACCAGGAUCUGAGCAGGCUGACCUGCGCCCAGCUGGGUCUAGGGGUCCCCUCCUCUGUUUCCAUGGUACCGGACCAGCCCGGAGUCCCUGGACGACGGCGGUGGUUACACGUUCAUCCAGACUGGAACCUGAGGAAUGGUUCUGCCCUGCAGGCCCGACUGGAGAAGAGAAGUCAUGCGUGUCAUUCCAGACGCAGAGUUUCCGUUCUUUGUUCCAGAGAAGAGUGUGGUCUUCGUCCAGCUCUGAGUCUCCGUCCUCACAGGAAGAAACGGAUCCUGGGGGGUCGGGUGUCACGCCGGGGGGCGUGGCCUUGGCAGUGCUCGCUGCAGAGCGGUCAGAGCGGACAUGUCUGCGGCUGCGUCCUCAUCGCCCGCAGGUGGGCUCUGACCGUCGCCCACUGCUUUGAGGGGAGGGAGAACGCCGACCUGUGGAAGGUGGUUCUGGGUCUCACCAACUUGGACCACCCCAGUCUUGUGAGCCAGAGCCGAGGGGUGCGCUCCAUUAUCGUUCACCCACGCUACAACCGGGCGGUGGUGGACUACGACAUCAGCGUGGUGCAACUGGACUCUGAGGUGGAGGAGACGGACUACGUCAGACCGGUGUGUCUGCCCCGACCCGGACAGCUGCCCUCCCCGGACUCCUACUGCCACAUCACCGGCUGGGGUCACAUGGGCAACCGCAUGCCCUUCAAGCUGCAGGAGGGUGAGGUCCGCAUCAUCUCCAUGUCUCAGUGUCAGUCCUACUUCGACAUGAAGACCAUCACUCCCAGAAUGCUUUGCGCCGGAUACGAAGCAGGAACAGUGGACUCCUGCAUGGGCGACAGCGGCGGUCCGUUGGUGUGUGAGGAGCAGGACAGCGGUCGGUGGACUCUGUUCGGUCUGACGUCGUGGGGCAGUGUCUGUUUCAGUAAAGUUCUCGGACCCGGAGUUUACAGCAACGUGACCCACUUCACCCCCUGGAUCCAACAGCAGAUCUACAUGCACACCUACCUGACCGACUGACUCCGCCCCUUCACACAUUGAACACUUCCUGCUAUAAGCACCCAGUCAUUCCAGGAGGAAGUGAUGUCACUGUCAGUAUUAACUCACUUCACCUCCUCUUCCUGUGCCUAAAUCUGUACUGAGAGCCUCCAGCUCUAUGCUGAGGGAUAAAACUACAAACUCUGACAGGAAGUUGAUGUAUGAGCUGAGGGAUAAAACUACAAACACUGACAGGAAGUUGAUGUAUGAGCUGAGGGAUAAAACUACAAAACACUGACAGGAAGUUGAUGUAUGAGCUGAGGGAUAAAACUACAAACUCUGACAGGAAGUUUAUGUAUGAGCUGAGGGAUAAAACUACAAACACUGACAGGAAGUUGAUGUAUGAGCUGAGGGAUAAAACUACAAACUCUGACAGGAAGUUGAUGUAUGAGCUGAGGGAUAAAACUACAAAACACUGACAGGAAGUUGAUGUAUGAGCUGAGGGAUAAAACUACAAACUCUGACAGGAAGUUGAUGUAUGAGCUGAGGGAUAAAACUACAAAACACUGACAGGAAGUUUAUGUAUGAGCUGAGGGAUAAAACUACAAACACUGACAGGAAGUUGAUGUAUGAGCUGAGGGAUUAAACUACAAACACUAACAGGAAGUUGAUUUAUGAGCUGAGGGAU